CGGCCGCGCCCCUACAAAGCGGCUCCGCCAGCGCCGGGCACCGCGGCGGCGGCAUGGACGGAACCGGGCUGGGCGCCACCGCCUGCGCCGCGGCCGCGGGGCUGCUGCUCUACCGCAUCGCGCGGAGCAGGAAGAAGCCCACGCACGUGACAGUGAACUGCUGGUUCUGCAACCAGGACACGGUGGUGCCCUACGGGAACCGCAACUGCUGGGACUGCCCCAACUGCGAGCAGUACAACGGCUUCCAGGAGAAUGGAGACUACAACAAGCCCAUCCCCGCCCAGUACAUGGAACACCUUAACCACGUUGUGUCGGGCAGUGCRACUUUCUGUGACCCUGCAAAACCACAGCAGUGGGUGAGCAGCCAAAUUCUGCUCUGCAAGAAAUGCAACAACCAUCAAACCAUGAAAAUCAAACAGCUGGCUUCAUUCUCACCAAGGGAGGAGGGCAAGUACGAUGAGGAGAUYGAGGUGUACAAGCACCACCUGGAGCAGACCUACAAGCUGUGCCGGCCGUGCCAGGCUGCAGUGGAGUAUUACAUCAAACACCAGAACCGGCAGCUGCGGGCRCUGCUGCUCAGCCACCACUUCAGGCGCCGGGACACGGACAAGAGCUACUGCCAGAAUUUGUGUUCAUCCUCCUCUUCCACCUCCAUCAGCACCCCAGCUCAGGUGAUAUUUCUGCGGUUCCUGGCGUUCCUCAGCUGUGCGUUGCUGGUUCUGAUGGCUUUGUACGGUUCAGGAGAUCCCUUCUCGCUCAGCACGGCCAUUCCUGCCCAGCUCAGCCCCACAUCCCUGCGGAACAGGACUGGCCCCAGCCCCACUGGCGAGGGCAGCAGCAAUGGCAGCUCAGUGAGGGCAGGGRGCUGGAGGGAGCUGCUGUCCCUGCUCCCGGAUCACCUGCUGGACAGCCUGAGCACCGCCUGGGCCUACAGCAAGAACCACCAGACAGCAGUGGCCGUGCUGGGGCUCUUCACCUGCCUGCUGGCCAUGUUCCUGGCUGGGCGCAUCAGGCUCCGGAGGAUCGAYGCCUUUGCCUCGGUGCUGUGGUUUGGAGUGAUGAGUCUGCAUUUAGCCGAGCGCUACCUGAAGGCGGACACGCCGGGCUGGCUGGACACGGCCAAGUUUGGCACCACRUCCCUGUGCUGCCUGGUGGGCUUCACCGCCGCCGUGGCCACGAGGAAGGCAACGGGCCASAGGAGAUACCGGCCCCGAAGGUUCCUCUCYGGGGACUCGGUUGCUCUGUUCCCCAGCGGCUCUGGCUCAGCUUUCCCUUCUCCUGCCACGUCUCUGUUUGUGCCAACACCACCCAGCAUCCUGCACCUGACCAACCAGCAGCUCUUCAGGUCCCCACGCAGAACAUCCUCRUCMUCCCUUCCCGGCCGUCUGAACCGGGCGCUGUCGCUGGGCACCAUCCCCUCGCUGGCCAGGGCGGAUUCUGGCUACUUGUUCAGUGGCAGCCGCCCAGCAUCGCAGUCAUCGCAGUGCAAGGAAUCUCCUCCAUCAGAGCCCUUCUCCCUGCUGUCCUGCAGCGGGGUCCCCUCCCGUAUCCCGUCCCCAGCACCGUCGGUCGCCGGUUCCGUCACCUCCAGCUCGGGGUCCCUGCGCUUCCGCCGGCCGCUCAUCAGCCCUGCCCGCCUCAACCUGCAGGGCCAGAAACUGCUGCUGUUCCCCUCGCAGAGCGAGGCCCUGCUCACCCCCACGGGCUCCGAGGAGCACACCCACUCUGACAGCAACACCUUUGGUGCUGAGCUGGCCGGUCUGCGGAGCAAGAGCCUGCUGGAGCGGGCAGUGCCCGAUAUGAGAUCUGCUGUGGAAGGAGGGAGUAUCUGCAGUGAUAAUUCCAUCAAAAAGGAGGAUCGCUCGUCACACUCGUCUACCUGUGUGGUGGACACAACUACCAAAGGGGAAGAUUUGGCAGGCUGGAGGGGUCGCUUUGGUAGCUCUGCUCUGCGGGGCCUGCUGGCUGUGAGUCUGACUCUCAAUGCUGUCUUCACAUCAGCCUAUGUCUACAGGAGCCUGCGCUGAUUUGUGCCAGCCCUCCCUGUCCUCUGGGUUCACCUGGUCCUGAGGAGACGAGAGGAAUUCAAUCAUGGCUUCACRUCUGAUGGCCAUGCCACCGGUGCAUGCUGUUUUUUAAAAAACUACUGUACACUCAACUGUCAUGAAAAGGAAUCUGGGCAGCUGCUGCCAUYGCUUCCAGGUAGAACAGAUGCCAGGAUUGUCCCUGGAGAUGGCAGGCACAAUUCCCAGUUCCUAAAGCAGGAGGCCRCUCCAAUGGCCCACACACUUUCUUUCUGAAGAACUGACCUGAGACACAAGCCUGAAAAUGUGUGAGCUGCGUUUUUAGGAACCUACCCCCAGCUCUUCUUUCUGACAUAUUGACCUCGUGCUGAUGGUGCUGGUAAAAUGAGGAGAAUUGGAGCAAAUGAGCUGAAGAAGAGGAAUGGCUUGGUAGCUGGUGCUGGGCUUUGGCUGCUGUUUGCAGCAUCCCCAGCCUCUGCUUCCUCUUCUCUUCUCUUUGGCACUCUCCUCUAAAUUGUCACUGAACUUUCUUUAGUUGCCUUAAGCUUGCCCRAGCACGUGGGUGACCUUGGCUGCUCUGUCCUGUUCUUUCAUUUUAGAUGUCCAUGUGCUUCCACCUGCCCUGAGGCCGCUCUCUCCAGUUCAUUGUGGCCCUGCUGGUUCUCACCCCACUGUGUUCCUGUGCUCUGUGGGGCWGCACAGCCCUGACAGACACCCUGACAGGAAACCCAGGCUUUGCUUUGCCCAGGAGCCAUUCAUUCUGCUACCAUGAAAUGGGUAAAAGAAAGGAUUUUCUGCUGGUGUGAUCUGCACCAUAGUCAAAGGGCUUCAGCUCACAGCUCUGCUGGAGUUUCAGAGCUUGUCCUUGCUGGAAAUGGCACAAAUGUGUUCUGUUAGAGGAUGUCUGAUUGUAUUCAUCUAUCCAGAAAGCUGACACCUCCAUCUGAGCUUGGGAUUUGCUGAGGAACUGCUCAAGAUCGUUCUUAGUUAGUAAAAUACUCUCAGUGAGAAAUGCCAAACCUGCUUCUGGACAAUUCAGCCUUCUGGAUAGUCUUUCCUAGCCCAAGGGAAGUAGUAGAUGUUCAAAAGUAGUUUGUAAUUUGUGUAUUUCUGCUUUUAGGUGAGUCUUCAGCAUUGCUUAGACCAGGGGCCAUUUAGAGGGUUGUGCUGAACACUCAGAAUCAUUUAGUGCAUGWUAGGGAAUAAAACAAAAUCCUGAUCUUGAUGUUUUGGUUUCUGAAAACCAAGUGUAGAGAGAAGAUUGACCAGUGUGUCAAGAAUACCUGGUGAGAAGAGAGUUGAGUGGCAUUAGCUGUGUAUUUCCUGAAGCAAGGCUCGCAUCUAUGGAGAGUUUUUCUGUUGUCUCUUCCUUUGGGCUCCUCUACCUCAAAUUUCACUGCUCCAUCCCACUGCCCUGUGUUUGCAUCCUAAAUUGGUGUUUACUGUGUCUUUUCUCCCUUUCAGUUUGCUGCUGUUCCCUCUCUCAUGCUCUUGAAUGUGCACAGAGGGUGUCUGCUGCUGCCCAUUCUGUGAUGAUCACCCCUCCUUUCAUUUCAUUUUUUUCUUGCAUGUUUUCAUUGAGUUCCUGUCACAGCCUCACUCUGCAGAUCAUGGGAGCCACAGCCAGACUGAUCAGCAUGUGACAGCUUAGACGGGGCUUUGCUGCUGAUUCAGGCACUGAAAAGCUGCAUCUCUGUGUUUUCCAAAAGUCCCUGCAUUGCUGUGGCUGCUGCUCCCACCCUCCGUGUUGGUGACACUGAUCCGUGACAGGGACAGGCCAGAGCUGCAGCCACAGAGCUGAGCCCAGGGACUGAGCUGAGCCCAGGGACUGAGCAGAGCUGAGCCCAGGGACUGAGCAGAGCUGAGCCCAGGGGCUGAGCUGAGCCCAGGGACUGAGCAGAGCUGAGCCCAGGGACUGAGCUGAGCUGAG